AUGUCAUCAUUUUACCACCAGCAAUACGUUAAUUCUCCCGUUUAUGCAUUUGAUGCUUCAUCUACUCGUGCACUGGCCACAGACGGAAUGGUGUAUCGCUCUCUGUCUCCUAAUAUACAUCUGGCUUACCAAAACGAGCAAUGCCCUGUGUGGCCCAGUCAACCGUAUCACACCAAUAAUAGCAUGCGAUUCAUAGACCAAGGGCAGUUGGGCAACGGCCGUCAAGGUGGAUCGAUGGAACCUCCCACCUUUGGUGUUGCGUCGCAUGAGAUCGAACAUAGCUCAAGUCAUCUUUCUACCGAAAGCUCCGGUUACUCGAGUGCGCCCAGAAACUCGCAGUACGCAGCAGCAGCUGCCGCCGCUGCUGCUGCCGCCGCUAACGCACCUCUUUCGCAUAAUCCUCUUCAACCAAACAACCCGAGAGACUUCACCACGGCCCCUAGCAGAACGGUUUAUUUGGGAAACGUUUCCCCAACUAUCGAAACUAGGCAACUGUUGGACCAUGUUCGCAGUGGAGUCGUUGAAAACAUCAGGAUUUUGCGAGAAAAGAUGUGUGCUUUCAUUUCCUUUUUGGAUGAAAGCUCUGCUCUUUUAUUUCACUCCGAUGCCAUUCUCAAAAGAUUGAAUAUUGACGGAAGAGACAUCAAAAUUGGGUGGGGUAAGCCUACGCCCAUCGAUCCACUUGUCACUGCUGCAGUGGCUAAUGAUGGUGCUACCAGAAAUGUUUAUAUUGGCCGUCUGAACACAGAUCCGCAACUUGCGGUUGAACUUGAUGUGGCUUCAAGAGAAUCUAUUGUUACCGAGGACAAACUGAGAAAAGACUUGGGAUGUUUCGGUGAGAUAGAAUCAAUCAAAAUUAUUGCAGACAAGGGCAUAGCGUUCGUUCAUUUUACUUCCAUCUACUGCGCUAUCAAAGCUGUCUCCAGUUUAGCAUCCGUGAAUCCUUACUACGCCAACAAAAAAAUAUUUUAUGGGAAAGACCGGUGUGCCUUUAUCACAAAAACUCAACAGCAUAAUGCAGCUCAAUUUUUGGGACUGCAACCGGGCAUGGAACAUUUAGUUCAGUACACUGAUAGAGAAUUUAUUUCGAACACUCUACUACAGCAAUCGGCAGCCGCAGCCGCUAUCGCCACGGCAGCUGGAGGUGCAAACAAUCUAGGAAAUCGGACCGUUUAUCUCGGCAACUUGCCUAAAGAUGUGAGAAUUGAGGAAAUCUGUAAUGCGGUGCGAGGUGGUCUUUUACAAAACAUCAAACUUCUAUCAGAUCGCCACGUCUGUUUUGUUACAUUUAUUGAUCCAACAGCGGCUGCGCAGUUGUACGCCAUGACCUCGUUACACGGCUUAACUAUCCACAAUAAAAGGUGUAAAAUAGGGUGGGGAAAACAUUCCGGUGCUCUGUCCAAUGCUUUGGCACUUGCCGUUAGCCACGGGGCGUCGAGGAAUAUCUACAUUGGUAACAUUGAUUUCGAAAAGGACAGUCAGCGUAAGGACCCCGUUUUCACGGAAGACAAUCUUCGCAAGAUUUUUAUGGAUUUUGGCGAGGUAGAACAAAUCAACUUUUUGCCAGAACGUAAUUGUUGUUUUGUCAAUUUCACCAACAUCAGCAAUGCAAUUCUUGCCAUUGAUAAAAUAAAGGUUCAUCCUCAUUUUGAAGAUUUAAAGAUUAAUUUCGGUAAGGAUAGAUGCGGAAACGUACCUCGUCAAUAUCGCUGA